CGACAGUCAUGUAAGUGACAGACACAUUUCAUGUUGUCUUCUUCACUUUUCUCUUAGUACACUUAUCUGUCGAGAUGCCGCCAGAACGCAGAGGAUCCACAGCCGAGACCGAAGCUCGAGGGCACAAGGCGAACGUUGGCGAACAGCAGCGAGGAGAUGUGGACGAAAGACAGCCUUUGCUGCAGAACAGAGAUGCGGGCGAAGAAGUAGACGAGCGCGAGCUGCUCGCAUUCGACAAGAACGAUCCCGAGAACCCACGCAAUUGGCCUUACAUGCGAAAGAUGCUCAACGUGGCGACUAUUGCCUCAAUGGCCAUCCUAUCUCCCUUGGCUUCCUCGAUGUUUACUCCAGGCAUCGAACAAAUUGCAGAUGGGCUCGACACAACAACUGACUCUGUUAUCGCUUGCACCACAGGCUUCGUGGUGAUGCUUGGUAUCGGCCCUCUGCUGCACGCCCCACUCUCGGAGACCUUUGGUCGGAGAGUAAUGUAUCUCACAUGCUUUGGAAUUUUCACCUUGUUACAGAUACCUUCUGCUCUGGCGCCCAAUAUCGGCACGCUCAUUGCCAUGAGAACACUAGCAGGCUUCUUUGGGAGUGUCAGCAUAGCCAAUGGCGGAGGAUCGCUUAGCGAUCUGUUUGAGCCUGGUCAGCGAGCUGGCAUCUUUGGCUGGUAUUUACUGGGUCCUCUCAUGGGCCCGACUCUUGGUCCACUAUUCGGCGGCAUCAUAGUACAACGUUUGUCUUGGAGAUGGAUAUUCUGGUUCUUAACGAUCGUCUGUUUCACUAAUACAGCUAUUGGAUUCUUCUUCUUGCGCGAGACCUACGCUCCUAAAAUACUGGCACAGCGUAAGGCACGACUAGAAAAGGAACAGAACACGCGCGAGCGAUAUCGCUACGAAGGCGAAGAUCAGCGACCUCUACUCAUAAAACUGAGGUACUCUUUGACCCGACCUUUGCGGAUCCUGAUACAGCCAAUCGUUCUCACGAUGAGCAUCUACCAAGCGAUUCUAUUCGCAACGACAUACUCGCUGUACACCAACUUCCAGCCCAUCUAUCAAGGCGAAUACGGCUUCAAUACAGAGCAAGUCGGUCUGGCCUACCUAGGACCUGGACUUGGCUUUUUGACUUGCGUCUGGUUCGUCGUGCCACGAAUCGAUACAGUCUACAACCGACUUGCAGCUCGCAAUGAUGGAAAAGGUGUGCCGGAGUACAGACUUCCAUUAGCCAAUCUGGGAAGCUUUCUCAUUCCGACUUCACUCUUUGCAUUCGCAUGGAGCGUGUCAGAUCACAGACACUGGAUGGUCUCGAUCAUCGCGGCAUACUUUUACGGCAUUGGACAAAUAAUCAUCUUCAACUCGACGACGAAUUAUUACAUUGACUGCUUUGAAGCAUAUGCGGCAUCAGCUAUCGCGGCCGGGGCUGUGUUUCGAGCAGUGGUAGGAGGAAUUGUCCCGGUGUUUGCGCCGUCCCUCUUUCGAGACCUCGGGUACGGUUGGGGCAUCAGCGUCUUUGGAUUUCUGGCACUGGUGAUCGCGCCAGCGCCUUUGAUAUUUUUUUACUAUGGCGCUACCAUACGUGAGCGUUUCUGGAUAGACUUGUAGCUGCAUAUGCCAAUCCGCUGCUUUUCGUGCAUCUAGCGCCGCAACGUAAUGGGAACACCAUAUCUGUCGUUCCCUGUGUGAGAAACGUUCGGUCUAGACUAUACGAGUCAAAGUUUUCUACCUCUUCAGCGUCUUC